ACAAUAAUUUAAAAAAAUUAUAAAGUACCCACCCUGUGGUUUCCCCCUCCCGCUUCGAUCUCCGCCUUUAAUACCAACAAACAACUCCUCGACUCUCCCUAAAGGAGGCGUCUUUGAUCGAAGCGAGACGAGCCCCGCCGGGCACCGGCAUCGGCAUCCCCGGGCACCGACACCGCCGGCACGGGCACCGCGACGGCCGGGCACCCACAGCCCCGGGCACAGGCACCGCCGGGCACCGACAGCCCUGACAGCGGCACCGGAGCGCUUCCGGCACCGGCAUCCCCGGGCACUCACAGCCCCAGCUCCGGCACCUCCGGGCACUGUCAUCCCCGGGCACCGACAUCCCCGGGCAGCGGCGGCUCCGGGCACCGACAUCGCCGGGCUCCGGCAGCCCCGGGCACCGCACUGUGCUCCGAGGCGCCCGACCUCGGGAUCGAGACCGCGGUCCCGCCGGGCACCAGCAGCGGGAGCGAAGCCCUCAGCGCAGACCCCGAGACGUCACCGGGACAGCGGGCAGCGCGCCCCGGGCACCGGGACCGAAGCCCCAGGGCACCAGCACCAGGUUGCGAUGCUUCCCGGGGUGGGUCCCCUCGCCUUCUUCCUCCGGUGCCUCCUGCUCCUCUUCGCCGCCGAGAGCCGAGCCCGGGCUCGGCCGGAGGCGUUCUGCGACUUCAACGGCAAGAAGUACAGCCCGGGGGAGAGCUGGCACCCGUACCUGGAGCCCCAGGGGCUGAUGUACUGCAUCCGCUGCAGCUGCUCCGAGAGCACCAACAUCAGAUGCUACCGGAUCCAGUGCCCAGCUCUGCCAUGUGCCAGCCCUGUCACCGAGCCUCAGCAGUGCUGCCCGCGGUGUCCUGAGCCUCACUCCCCAUCCGGCCUCCGUGCCCCCACCAAGUUGUGCCAGUACAAUGGGACGACAUUCCAGCAGGGCGAGAUGUUCAGCAGCAGCGAGCUCUUCCCCGGCCGCCAGCCCAACCAGUGUGUGCAAUGCAGCUGCUCCGAAGGCCAGAUUUACUGCGGCUUGGUGACCUGCCCCGAGCUGCUGUGCUCCUCUCCCUUCAGUGCGCCGGAUUCCUGCUGCCCGAUCUGCAAAGAUGACUCCUUUGAGAAGUCCACAGAAGAGGAACCCCUGCAGUUAAACAGAGGUGUUAGACACUCACAAGACCAGUGCUUGGGAGAGGUGGUGGGGAGGAAGCCACCCAGAGCCACCGUGUCCACGGUUCUCAGCUCUUCCUUGGAGUUAAUUCCCAGAAACUUCAAACCCAAGGGAACAGGUGGCACCACUGUGAAGAUCGUCUUGAAAGAGAAGCACAAGAAAGCUUGUGUUUACAAUGGGAAGACCUACUCUCACGGGGAAGUGUGGCACCCUGUCUUCCGGCUCUACGGCCUCCUGCCCUGCAUCCUCUGCACCUGCAGGGAUGGCGUCCAGGACUGCCAGAAGGUCAAGUGCCCUAAGGAGUAUCCGUGUGAAUAUCCAGAAAAAGUAGACGGGAAAUGCUGUAAAAUAUGCCCAGAAACCAGAGUCAAACCCACGGAUGAGAUCGCCACUCCCCAGUGUGGCAAGAGCCCCAGCCGUGUCCUCGUGUACACGUUUGUGCCGCCACGCUCGGAGGCAUCUAAGGAGAUCCUCAGGACCAUGGCCAUCGAGAAGGAGCUGGCAGAAGAGGUAGAAAUCUACAACUGGAAGCUGAUUAAAGGAAUAUUCCAUCUGAUCCAGACCAAGAAGAUCAGCAAACAAGAAUUCAAGCAAGAGGCACAAAACUUCAGGCUCAUCACUAGGACAAACGAAGGUCACUGGAACAUCUUCCGAGCCCACACGUCGGAGCUGAGGAUGACAGAAAGCCCAGAGAAGGAAACAAAGACCUUGUAAAGCAAAGAACUUUUCCCUAACUAUUGAUUUGUCUACACACAGACACACAUACACAUUUAUAUGAACUCCAGAGCUGCAUUAUUAAAUAGACUGGCACUGCAGUACAGGUUACACUAGUGGAAAUUCCAGCAACUCCAGAGAAUGAUCCCAAUCCGUUGGCAUCGAAGCCACAGCCGUGUAGGUGCCUCUCUCCAGCAGGAGAGCCAUCACCUCCCACUGUCCCAAAGAUGUUGCAUGAGCAGAGGGAGGAGGGAGAGAUGGUGGAGGGGUGGGACCUGCUGUGACAAGAAGAGGUGGGAUCCAUCCCAGGCACCCCAGCAUCCCUGAGGAGCAUCAGGAAUGAAGCAAAGGGGAACAUGACCGUGCUUCUUAGCAGCUGAUGGUAGAAAGAUGACCUGCAAAGAAAGAAAAAUCAUCCCUCCUUCUUUCCUUGGAUCCCCUGGGAGCUGCAAAGGGGUUUCUUUGACUGAAUGCCAGCCAAGGGGUGUUUUUGAAAAAUCUCUUGUCUUCCAGCUGGGAUGAUUCUUUUCCCUCUUUGCAGGUCACUUGAAAAUGUAGGCUUUGGGAGGACCCACCUGUUGGCAGAGUCUGAGACCCUGAAUGCUGCACUAAGGUCGCUGCUCAGCAUUUAUUGUGCUAUAUAUUUAUAUGUAUCCUAUAUAGUAUCUACCAAGCUGUAUUCACAGGAGGGGCAUCUCCCAAAGGGCAAACAGGAUCAUUUCUGCAGCAUGGGGAGGACGGUGUGCAGCAGCAUCACCUUCCCCCUGUCUGGAAACAGCUUUGGGGGAUUUUCAGGUUGUUUUGGUACAUAUAUUUAUCCCUGGAUUCUUGUUUUAUUCUGUUUUGAUAAAUCUAUUUAUUUGGAGAUCCAACUCUGUCUGACAAAUCUGAUUAAAAGUCUUCUUGAUUCA